AUGUCUGAAACAGAUUUUAUUGCUCAGACCACUACUGCUGCAACUUCAGCAUCGAUAUCAACAACGGUCAAUCACCAAGCCUUGGCCACAAAUAACUUUUAUGCACGUUCACUCCAUACUCCGUUUUUCCAGAUGGGGUUACCACUUGCAGAAGAGGGACACUUUAGCUAUAGUACUCAGGGUUCAAGUGUACCAGCAGUGAUGAAUCCAGUGAUGCAGCCUGUUGGUAACCUAUAUCUCCCUGCAUUUGAUGUUAAAGCCUAUACAUUCCGCAAGAAGUCUCGCCACUAUGUAGCGGUUAAGCAUAAGAAUGCGCUACGAAUCGAACCGAUCAUCUAUCUUAAAACCAGUAUUUUGGAUCCACAUCGUGAGAUUGUACGCAACUGGGAUUACCUCCGUUUCUCAAUCCAUCGAUUCAAGGAGAAUGCCUUUCCGAAAAAGAAGCUGAGUAUGGAAGAGAUGCGGACGGCAAGGAUCCUGGAUGUCAAUAUCUCGCUUGUGUCCCCUAAUAACAACAAUCGUCCGAUUGAGGAAUCAUGUCCUGCUUGUGUCAUGCGUAUGGAUGGUGAACGCAAGAUCAUGCAGGUGCUGGCCAAGAACUUUAAAAUGACGCAUUUAGGCGAACCUGUCAUUGAUAUCCGCAAAGGCCAUGCGAUUGUGUGUAUUAAGCUGAAUUGUUAUUGUGAUCAUCACAACGAGCAUGAAGGCUUUGUGGUCAGAAUGCAAACAGAGCCUGAGGUGGUUCAGGUUGGAGGAUCUGUUAAACUUCGCAUCUGUUGCGAGGCUCGCUCAAAAGGAGGCCCCACGGAGGUUGAGGCUGAAGAGGAAGAAGGGCUUACAGAUAUUGAUGCGCCAGUCUCCACAGGCUCACGUUCCCCCCUGCCGUUAAACGACCAGUCUGUUCAAAGUCCAUCACUUAGUUAUGGAAGCCAGAGCCCAGAUCCCAGAACCCAUCGGCAACGGCAACCUUCCUCAAACUCAAGUUCAACUGGGUCCCCUAGGUCGGUAGACGAGCGCCCUAUAUCAUCAGUGGGAGUUGAUCCCUCCACUACUACUACAAAUGGAAGCGGCGGCCGAGGCCGAGGUGUUGUUGCGCCUCCAAAAUUCAGGCAAAUAUAUCCGCUAACGCCUAGCGAAGGUACAUGUCUUGGUGGUACUCGUGUCACGAUCCAUGGCGCCAAUUUUGAUACAAUGCAAAACCCAGCGGUAUACUUUGGCAAAGUCCCAGCCGAACUUGUUACGAUAUCACAUCAUGACGUGAUGGAAUGUACGACGCCGCCUGCAGAAGGCUUGAAGCCGGGCAUAGUAGCCGUUAGAAUCGUUUCCUCAACAUUCCCGCUUGGCGCUGAGAAUGACAGUGUCGACUACAUGUACAUGGCUCCGUUAGAUUACGACUUUUACAACUUGGCAGCAACCUCAUUGUCGUACGCCAUGUCUAACGAAUACCCAAAUGAAGAUAGUCUCUCCUAUAUCCUCAAUGCGCAUGGCACUGGUAUGGGGGCUGGACUAGGGCUCGCAUACGGAUCAGAAUCAUUUUCAGGAAAUAAUGCUGAUAUUGGUCUCGCAUGGGCAGCUAAAGAAGACGUCGUUCUUGAUUUCUUAAGAGUCAUUCAGACUCUUGCUCCUGGGAGGAUACUGCCGGCCUUCAAAACGGAAUCAGGGUGCACUCUCCUACAUCUGGCUGCAUAUCAUGGUAUGAUACGACUCACAAAAGAGCUCUUGGCCAUGGGGAUUGACCACACUGCUCUUGAUAGGAACCACAAAUCUGCCCUUCAUUUCGCUCAGCUCUCUUCGCAUGCUGAGGUCGCUCGUAUUCUUUCCGAAGCAAGGAUCCCACCUCGCCCAAUGGUCCCGCGUCUUGGGACCGCUAGUGGUAGCAAUAGCAUCCGUCCUCCAACGGUAAAGGCUGUUGCCGACUUGGUCCAAAAGCACGAGACGACUUUGCGAGGGGCCGUUGUGCAGCAUCAGGAGGCCAAGGCCAAAGAACUUGACCAGAUGCGAGAACGGUCACUCCAUAUCAUGGGAAUACGGGGAAGGACUACUUCCACGGACAUCUCAAACUUAUCCAUCUCAACAGAUAUUGACGGUGAUGAUAUUGCAAUGUUCUCUGGAGAGUCGUCCCCAUCAACCAAGUCCUUUGAUGGAGAUGAAGAGCAUAUACGCUCGCCGAGCCUCUCUAGCAUGCCUUCUCCGCCCCGGAAAGACAAUAGUCAAAAAAGAAAAGUAGGAGAUGACGAGUUGCCACAGUUGGCCUCUGGAGCUCUUAAGAGGCCUUCGAAAGAGCGGACCAACGAUUUUAUGACGAGUAGCUUAAGCGAUGCAAGGCUGGCCUUUAUUCAGAAUGGAGUUAAGGAAUGGGAGAGUAUUAACCGAUUAAAGCUGCCCAGGGACGUCUCAAAAUUGACAGGACCUAUACCGGAAAUGGACGUACAGGUCUGGGUAUGUGAAUCUGCAGCCGUGUCAAUGAUCGUGAGUGAUUCGACGGCUUCGGACGCUUCGCUACCGCCUAUCCUAACUUCAUCAGAAUCGACCUUCACUGCUUUGGCACUAUCGACUAAUGGAAUACACUUGUAUUUGGAGCAGCAAAACGGCUCAGUAAUGCGAGAUUCACCUUCAAAGAAGCUCCAGCAUUGGAACCUUAUUGAGAUUGAUGCUCUGAAGUCCGUAUCUAAUGAGCUUGAAGAUACCCUGACAAUAGACAUGUGUGGGUUGGUCCCGCGCCGAGGACGUGAUUUAUCCGGGGAGCGGCUUUCUAUCAAAUUUAACUCUGUUAAUGGCACAGCAUCUGAAGUACUGAAAGUGAUUGAGGCAUCGCACGGCCAGUCGAGUAACCAACAAGAAGCAGUAUCACCAGCGGCAUGGAUUCAACUCCAGUUGAAAAUCCACGGCGCCUUGUUUAACGUGAAUGAAGGGGAAGUCAAGUCCACAGUGGAUGAUUACCUAGAGCUUAAGGACGGUAUACUCACCCUGAAGGCCCCUCGGACUGCUGGGCCCAGAUUUAGCCUUGGCAUGAUAGGCGCUGUUUUCCGCGUAGCCCAGAAACUUCAGUCAUGUACACUCGUUCAGUUUGAUGGCGUGCAAAUUGUAGAAGAUGGGUGGAGCCGGCCAGAACUGACCAAGAUCCUGGAAGCUACUGUACGGUCCAUGAAGGAGGUUCUUCAAUGGCGCUUCAACGCAUGCGGCUGGACUACAAGCACUGUGGAAGCAUUCGUGAAGGGACUUGAGGGCGCGGUUGUUCCAAAGAACAAGGAUAACUACCACACUCAGCAGUCCAAGAGUAUAUCUUUGGCAGAUAAUAGUUUUGGUGGCGAAGAUACUGUCGGCCACCUACUGGUUGGAUACUUUAGCAAGUUCAGAGGUUUUAAAGCCCUCGAUUUAUCAAACUGCGAUAUUGGGUUGGCUGGGAUGGAAGCCCUUGUGAAUAAUCUUUCAGGAUUAACUGAGCUGCGAUUGCAGGGUAAUUGGGCAGAUGACCGUUGGUGGCAAUGGAUGGACGCUGUUUUGGAGAACAAUCGGCAAAUUCAGCUGUGUAGCAUUGGUGCACCUGUCCCUUGCAGUAAUCCCCUUCAGAGUGUGUUGUCGUUGGAGAGGCUUGAAUCCCUUGAGAACCUCGUAGAGUUGGACUUGGCUGAAACUAUUAUCACGCAGCCAACGUUGGACGUACUUGAGGCACACGUGCGUCAGGGCUCCCGAAAACUACAGAUGUUAAACCUAUCACACUGCCAAUUGAACUGGUUAUCUCUUUCAUCACUUUUCAAAGCCAUCUGCGAUGUCAAUAGAUCCACAAAAUCCACAUUGAAUGUUAGUAAGAACCCGCUGUUCGACUCAGAUGCAGCUAUUCAAGAGUGGAUAACAUCAGUGGAAGCAACAAAACCCCAGGUACCAUUUGGUAUCCAAAUGAUGGAUUUGAUACUCUCUGACGUAAAUCUUCAGCGGAUCUUGGCGCCUCUCGAGCGGGCGACGUGCUUUAAUGAAUUAAAUGUCAAAGGCCUUUACGUUACACGCCCUCGACAAGAAGCAGAGCUGCAGUCACUUCCCUAUGACGAGGCCCGCGCGAAGGCUAUCCCCGGUGGAGCUUCUAAGGAGAGCUGCCUUGCAUUAGGUCGUAUUCUAACAACCAAUUCGACUCUAAUCAUGCUGGAUGUAUCAGGUAACUUUGAAAAGAGAAGGAGCGGUGCCCAGGAAGAUAAGCCGAUAAGUGCCUCUGGCUCUACUACCGCUCCCCCGGAUUAUCAUUCGGUUGGCGGCUUUGGCCCCCAUAUCGCUUUAUCGUUCCCAGCUUUGGCGAAGAACUCGAAGCUGAGGGUACUAUCAAUCGAUCAUAACAGAUUUGGAGAAGAGUCCUUAGUCGAGCUUUGCGAGGCAUUACGACGUAAUACCACCCUGGGUAUUUUCAGCUGCGACGGCAAUGAUGCUUUUACACCAACAGGAUUGGAAACCAUUGCAGAGAUCUUUGCCCCGCCUCGAGUCGAUGCCGUAGCAGUAAAAGCAGUAGCAACGCCAGAAAAUGGGGCCUUGUCCCUCACUCUUUCUCCAGCAUACAACCAAUCACUUUCAAUUUGGGAUCUCAAGGCAGAGGAGAUCUUAACGCAGAUGGAGUUGCUUGCAAGAGAGGUGCAGCGACACACGGCAGAACAGUACGGGAUCGAAAAGUUGCAAGCAGGCAAGGAUGUCAAAUUUAUGGGACUUACGCCUCUGGAAGAUGUGAAGAGGCAACUCCAGAAUGCCGAAAGGAACAGAAUUCGAUAUGUGGAAACACACGCACGAAUCAUCGAGGCUAUUAAAGCCAACAACAAACAAGGCAAGGGAGCAAAGAAUAUGUCGUAA